UCCGCGAGCAGCCAUCAGCUGAAGAUCACGGCCAGGAGCAGAUCAGAAAAAAACUUAUAUAAUAGCCUACCGUAAAUCGGUAUUCUUUAGUUAAGUGCCAACCUUAGGACGGUCGAGAUCGUACCAUCCUCUGUAGCGAUUGUGUUCCAGAGAGUGAGCAGCGAUUGUACACCGUUAUCGGGAACUUUCUUUCUGUGGGAGCUUUUUUUCAUCCAAAUCAUCCAAAGCCGUUGAGCGAAUUUACUUUCCUGCCCUGUAUUCAGGAAUUCUUCCAGCAUCAAGCUUACGGAGAUUUUUCGCCGAUCAUUCUCCUCAAUGCCUGUGCGCUAUAGUGUAAGAAGUGGCUGCCAGAAUCUGUUUUGCGAGAAUUGAGUAAUCAGUGAAAAACAGUUCCGUUCGCUAUCCAGGUGGAAGAAACCGAAAAUAGCCGUAGUAUUGCAGAUAUCGGAAAGUGCUUCGAAAAAAGGUGAAAUUAACCGAUCGAAGAAGAAGUUACAAUUAUCGGCAGAGAAAAAAAAUCAACAACUGUUAGUGUGAUUGUUGCGAAGCAAGCUGCAGUGGUGAUUUUUGAGUCUGUACGCAAAAUAAAAAAAAACGCCAAGACCAGAAGUGAAGUGCCAAUUUCUGUGAAGAGGAAAAUCCGCCAAGUUAUAGCGAAAUUUGACAGCGAUAGCGUGCCGUAUCAGCAGCAAUACCGAAGUGCCUAGGAAAAUUUUCUUCACUUUAGCAAAAAAAAAGGUAUAAUAAAACUUGACAGGCUUCACAGUGAACAAGAACCUAUCUGAUAAAUAAUCGAUGGGAAGCAUAUGAAUGCCUUCUACAGGUGAAUCAGAGUACUUCAGCUAUAAAAGAUUCAUCACCAUUGCCGUAUUCCACUUUGACAUCAUAAACAAAUAGCAAUCAGAACGCCAUGCUUCCCAGAUCGCUACAUUCGACCAUUCUAGCUUGCCUACUGCUAGCGUCUGCGCUUAGUAUAGAAGGUACCAAGCGACGAUCCCGACUCGAUCUGCCCAUCUCGAAGCCCGCGGAUGCACCUCUAGAGGACAACCUGGCGACUGCAUCCGGCUCGGACGGCGUGGUAGACCGAGCGGAACCACCUGCUGCUGUCGCAUCGGCGGCUGGCAAACCGGCGUCGUCUUCCGCUGCCGCAACUCCAGGUACGACACCGACGGCAGCCACGUCCACCGAGGCGGACAACGCUAACAGUUCCGGCAGCGGAAGCGCCGAAAAUAGCUCGCAGAUGAUCGACGAGUACAGCGACGAGGACUGCGACCCGGACUUUGUGGCGUUUGAGCUGGUGACCGGUUACGUCUUCUCGGCACCAAACAAACUGCUGGACUCGAUUCCCGGCACUCUGAUGCUGACCGACUGUCUGGAGGCUUGCCAGAACAAUGAUUCAUGCGCCUCGGUCAACUACGAAACUGGACUCUGUGUGCUGUUCUCGUCCAAUUCUGACAAAUUACCAGGUGCCCUCACCAAAUCCCAGUUCCCAGUGUUCACGAUCUACGCCCAGAAGUCCUGCCUGAAGCUGCGCCCGUGUGAGCGCGCCUGGUGCAUCGACAGAGUGCAAGGCUACAAAUUGAACGGCCACGUCAAGCGUACCGCCCAGGUUCUCAACCGCCGUGACUGUCUGGAGAUGUGUUUGGGCGAAAACGAAUUCACAUGCCGCUCCGCCAAUUUCUACCAAUCGACAAUGACUUGCGAACUAUCCGAUAUGGACCGAAUCACCCUGGCUGGAUCCAGCGCAUUCCAGUCCGCUGACGGCUCGGACUACCUCGAGAACAACUGCGCCGAAGAACCGACCAAGCUGUGUGAAUUCAAGCGCAUGUCCGGACGUAUCCUCAAGACGGUCGACUCCGUGUAUCAGGAUGUUGCCAGUGUCGACGAAUGCCGUGAACUGUGCCUGAGCUCACCGUACCGCUGCCAUUCGUACGACUACGGAGAUACCGGAGAUAUGGUGUGCCGCUUGUCCCACCACAGCCGAGCAACGCUCGCCGAUAUUCAGGACCCUUACCUAGACGUCCCGGAAGCUGCUACCUACGAACUAUCGUCUUGCUACAACGUUUCCAUUGAAUGUCGCGCCGGAGAUAUGAUUGCUAAAAUUCGCACUUCCAAACUGUUCGAUGGAAAAGUGUACGCCAAGGGUGCACCCAAUUCCUGCUCGGUCGACGUCAAAAAUUCCCUCGAAUUCGAGCUUCGCAUGGGCUACCAAGACAUCGACUGUAAUGUUCGCCAAAACGGGCUCGGUCGGUACCUCAAUGAUGUGGUUAUCCAGCACCAUGACACUAUCGUCACGUCAUCCGAUUUGGGACUUGCCGUCACCUGCCAGUAUGAUUUAACGAACAAAACCGUUUCCAACGAUGUUGACUUGGAUGUUGCUGGCGAUAUCGAGCCCGCACUUUCGGAAGAGGUUGUUGUGGACUCACCGAACGUUGUAAUGAAGAUCACCACUCGCGACGGAUCGGAAAUGAUGCGUACUGCCGAAGUCGGAGAUCCCCUGGCUCUGCGUUUCGAAAUUCUGGACCCUCAGUCACCAUACGAAAUCUUCGUGCGCGAACUGGUCGCUAUGGACGGUGUCGACAGCAGCGAAAUCACCCUCAUCGAUGCUCGCGGUUGUCCGACAGAUCACUUCAUCAUGGGACCAAUCUACAAGAGUGCCGGCUCCGGAAAGAUCCUGCUGUCGCACUUCGAUGCCUUCAAGUUCCCGUCCUCGGAGAUGGUUCAGUUCCGAGCUCUUGUUACGCCCUGUAUGCCAACCUGUGAGCCAGUGCAAUGCGACCAGGAUGACUUUGCUGCCGGAGAAUUGCGCUCGAUUGUAUCGUACGGACGUAGACGUCGUUCCGUCAAUGUUACCGCCGAAUUCAGCCGUCAACGUCGGGAAACCACACAUCAGGCACCUCAGGAUGAUAUGCUUCUAGUGCAAUCGAUCCAAAUCACCGACAAAUUCGGAUUCGAGAAGCAGCAAGCGAAACCCAAGAUCAGCAGCAGUGAGACCGUAUUUGUUGCAUCCUCCGAUGCUCAGGGCAUUUGCGUUAACGGACUUGGUCUUCUCGUUGCCGGAGCCGUCUUUCUACUCGGUCAGCUUGCCAUUAUCGCUAUCUGGACCUACCUGUGGCAGCGUCGCAGGAAGCAGCGUCAGUUCGAGAGCGCUUCGAUGGGCUCGUCAGUGAUGCCAAGCCCAACUAUGGCCGGUGCCCGAGGGGAUUCCAUGUGCAAAUUGUACGAUAGCGGAUACGCCGGCAGGCACUUCUAAGGACCAUUCAACACCCACAAACAUACGCAUACAUACCACCACAAGGCUGAUCUAUUUCCACGUACCCAGUUGACACCACUACAAAAUGCACCAACUCACCAAUAUCACAGUCGUCAUAAACUUCUCGAUCUUCUUAGUGCACACCGCCCAUCUUAGGAUUAGGAUCGCCUGAUUUUUUGCUCGCUGGUUCCAAUCAACCGCGAGGAAAAAGUCGAGCAGCAGAACUGCCAUUUAAUGGUCUAAUUUUCAUUGUAUUUUUCGCUCACAUCAACCAUAUGAUUUUUUGUUUUAAAUACGACCAGUAAGGAUGUGGGAGAUUGGAUGCUCGCAACUGCUGGCAUGCUGAGCGAUACACAACCAAACAGCAAAAGUAACAGGAGUAUCCGAAAACUCUCGCUCAUUAGCGCGCGCCUUCAACUUUUCCUAGUACAUUUCGGUCCUUAGUUUAAUGGUGCCCAACCUGCACGCUCACUAUACCUAUGAUCAACUCACACAUCGAGCUUAUCCUUAUGUUUUACAUUAUCCAAACAGGGGAGAAUAGGACGACUGGAGUAUAGAACGACGAGCUUUCGAAUGAUGAACCCAAGUAUGAUGUCUGUGCAUGAGAAACGUGAAUAUAGAACAAAAAAAAUAGACACCGAUAUAGUAUUCUAACAAUGUGUACCCGUAUGCGUGCGAGUGAGUCUGUUUUUAUAGGCGUGUAUGUGUGAUUUAGGUGUAGCCUAUCUCUCGAAAAUAGUAACUCACGAAAAUCUCUUUCCUAAAUACGAAAAUUUAUACUCCUUUGUCCUUUUCUCCCGAGCUCAGAGCUUCGGCUUGAUCUUCCUCGCUAGCACCGCUCAGAAGCACCAGGCACUCAGAGGAAAGACACAAUCAGCGAAAGAUUGGAAGUAGCGAGUUCUAAGCUCAAUUUUAAGCAUUUAUCGUAAUUUAUUUUUUAUUCAUAAUUUCUUUACUAUUAGUAGCCUCCAGAAAAGUGGAAAACGAUAGCAUUCCCCUACUCUGUUUUGUAACUCUAUUUAGUGCUGAAGAGACACAGUGUCGAUAGUUACAGAACAAAUUGCAAUAAGAAAAUGAUAGCAGAAUAAAAAAUCUAACACGUUUAGUACAUACACUAACCGGUCGUACUCUAGUAGAUUGUAGUACGAAAUAAUAAAAAAAAAACACUUAGGUUUUCCUUAUUUCAUUCGCCGGAUUCCCCGCCCUCCCCCCACAACUGCAAACUGUUUAAUUUAAUUAAUUCAUAGCAUACUAACCAUUCAUUAUCAUGCAUUAGUUGUGACUUACUGCGAAGGAAGUAACAUGAAAGUAAACAAGCGGAAACGGAAGCAAAACAACACUGCGAAACACCGAAUAAAAGUCAAAAAUUAAUAUUUAAUUUAAAAAAAAGUGAAAAAGAAGCAAAACUUAGUAAAAAUUAAAUUUAAUUUAAUUUUAAUCGUAAGGCCAACAAUCAUAACGAACGACACGAGAUACGGCGGGAGACUAUAAGAAUAAUACAUAAAUUACAUAUGCAUAUGUUUUCUAUGUAUUGGAGCAAACAAUAUAAUGUAAAACAUUAUUUUUAUGAAUAAAAUAAAAGUGGAAAAAUAAAA